AUGUCGUCACAUGUGCAAAAACAAUACAGCUGCAGUAAGGUCAACGCAAAUCACAUUGAUUACGAAUGGCUCAUAAAAGACUUCAAACUGUUCCCCCAAGAAAAUACGAAAUGCGUAGAUUCACCAGUCUUCCAUGCGAAGGAGAACGAUCAAGUGAAAUGGAAGCUUCAGUUGUUCCCAAACGGUUCUACCGAAGAUUUCGAAGGCUAUGUUUCACUUUUCGUCCGUGUAGUUUCACAAGAUACUCAGAAAAAAGAAAUCAGAGUCGACUGCCAACUAUCAAUCUUGAAAUCAAAAAAUAUGCUAUGCAGCGAGUCAUUUAUACAGACAUAUAAUAAGGAGUACUCCUGGGGUUACCCCAAAAUUAUAGAAAGAUCCAAGCUAUUGAAGUCUUGUAGCUCUGAUGAUUCAUUCACUAUACGUUGUAAAGUUGCUUUCUCACAGAGGAUUAUUACAGAACCAGUCAAACCCUCGGUCGAUUCAAUAUCUUUCGAUCUACAAACAGGUCAAUUGAAUGAGCAUUUUACUCAACUGUUUGAGGAUUCACGACUUUCUGAUGUUACCAUCCUCGUGGGAAAUGAAAAAUUCUUCGCCCACAAACUCUUGUUGUCCGUGCGUAGUACUGUUUUUGCAGCAAUGUUUGAGCACAAAGAAAUGAGUGAAAAUUGCAAGAAUGAAGUGAAGAUUGACGACAUGGAGCCAGCAAUUGUGAAAGCAAUGUUGGAAUUCAUUUACACGGAUAAGGUUUCAGACCUGGAGAUACAAGCUCGUAAAUUAUUGAAAGUAAGCGAUAAGUACGACUUGCAUCGUUUGAGAGUUAUGUGCGAGGAGAUUCUCUAUAAAACACUCACUAGUGACAAUGCCGCAGAGAUUCUAGUACUCGCUGAUCUCAAUCACUCACAGAAGUUGAAGGAAUAUGUCAUGAGAUUCAUCGAAGACGAUCCUCUCAGUGUGAUCAAGUCAGAGAGCUACGACAGAUUGGUGGAAGGGUAUCCAGGACUAGCGAAGGAAUUGAUAUACUCAAUCAUUUCUCGAAGGGGGACAAAGGCAUGA